GAUACUGAUGUGAUGGAUUUGUUUACAAAUAAAACAGUCAAGAAUUAUAGAGUACAUUGAAAAAUUUUGGAGAAGGGUUUUGGGUGAAGAUAAAGAGUGAAAGAGAUCUAGAGAUAGGGAGUGAAAUGGGGUCCAUUGUUUGUAUAAGUGAUUUGUUUGGUGGUUAUUCUGUGAUUUGUGUAAUGAGUAAUUGUAGUAUUGCAGACAUUACUAGUAAAAAAUGAAGACAACAUUACACUAAAAUAACUUCAACGAGAGCUUUGUUACCUUUUAAUAUUAUUUCUUUUUUAUGUUUAUUGAGUUUUUAAAUGAUUGAAGUUGUAAUAUGCUAGAGUUGCUCAUGCCUAAUCAAUUUGAAAGUCUUGGAGCCAAGCAUCAGUAAUUUGCAUAUAAAUGUUGCCAAGAGAAAAGAAUGUACUUUACUUUUGAGUGAAAUGAAAAGAACAGUCUUUUGAUAACAUGAUAACAUGAUCUGUCUUAGUUGCCUACUUUGUGAAAGAGCUAUGGUGUAAGCAUUUUAAUUAUUGAGAAAUUUUUUAGCACAAUACGAUGUGAGCCAUAUUAUGAAACUCUAAUUUCUGUGUGCAGAUUUAUGAUUUACUAAAAGAGAAUCACGUGGUUUGUCUUGUAUGCAGCUUUAAGUAUCCAUGCUUAUAUGUCUUUUAGCUUUAAAGUUAUUGUAUUCUUUGUUAUUUCUCUCUGAUAAUGCUUGAAUGGUAUGUUGCUAGCCUUUAUGUCAACAUACUCUGUUUUGUGGAAAUAAAAUUUGGAAUGAAAUGUUUCUCCUCCCUUUGUUUACCUUUAUAUCAAACAAUAGCCCCAUCUUACCUUGUGUCUAGGCCUAACCCCAAGUUUCAAUCCGGGGAUUAUUCUGCAAGUGGUUCUUACUUCAAUUAAGGAUUGCGGCUUAAAUUGAUUGUUUUGGGUCUUCUCAGCCAAAACUGGAGGAUGUAAAUGAAGACACAGAUGACAUGUAUGAAGAUUUAAUUAAUAAUUAUGGAAAAGUGGUAUUUAGUAGAAAAGACAAAAAGCCUGCUAGCGCAGAGAUUGAUGAUGAUGCUGAAAGCCUGUCAUGCUUUCAGUUCUGUGUCAUUCUGACUUAAUUGAUGAUUGCUAUGGAAUUGGCUUCGGUUGCAAGCGAGGUUAAGGCAGCAGAUAUAAAGGUCUUGUUUGUGAAGCCACUUGUUUACUGGACCCGAUUUUUUAUCAUAGCUACAGCAUUUUCCCGUCCGCAGAUUGAUGCUAUCGGGUCCAGGAUGAGAGAUCGAGCUGAGAAAAAAUAUGGAAAAAUUCCAACAGGAGAUACAAAGCCCAACUCAUGGACCCUGUUGGACUUCGGUGAUGUUGUUGUACACAUCUUCCUUCCCUCACAGAGAACUUUCUACAAUUUGGAAGAGUUUUAUGGUAAUGCAACACCGGUAGAGCUUCCUUUUGAGAAUCAACCACCAUUUCGUAGUUGACAGCUCCUUUUAUUUGCCAGUUGUUGUAAAAACUCAAGAUGAUCAAGACAUUUAUAAUGACCAGCUUUGGUUUGUUUACGUGAGUAUGAUGUAGGCUUCCAAUGUCCUUAUUAGCAGGAGUGGAGAAUCAGUCAAUGGGGAAGCGAAAAGGCACAAUUUCACUGCAUUUAGAAGUCUUUUUUUUCUGAAUUUUUACAUUAGUGGUAAUUCCUCUGAAAAAUCUUUACCAAAUGGGAAUAGAGACAAAUUGUUGAAGUCUGUCUUGAAAUUCGAUAUCUGUUAGUUUGAAUUAGGUGGGUUUUGUAAAGAAAUUUAUUCUUUUUCUUCCAUAUUUAAAACAGGAGAAAGAGAACAAGAAAAUGAUGAUUCAAAGGAAACUUUUGCUCU